GCGUGCUUGGAUAUAAAGACACAAUGUUAUGACGUCACAAUCGUAUGGAAGACAUGCGUGAUUUGAUACAAACACGGAGUGUUAUUACGUCAUCAUAGAUGAAAGACAGAUGAAAGACGAAAUGAGAUGACAGGGAUGAAGCCUCCUGCUAUCAAACUGAAUUGUGCAGGACCCAUACAACAUGUGAAUACUAAGAACUACUGACAGAACUGAGAAAAGCGAGCAGGAGGAUGUCUAAGGUAAGUCACAGGUAAGUAGGUUUUACUUUGGUUGAAGUUACUGGCUUAAUAUUUUUCUUGUUUCAGAGGUUUUGAACACACAAAUCAGGUAUGUCUCAAGAUAAUAGCAACGCUCCUCAGAGCAGUUUAGGUGUGUCAGAGGAAUCAUGUCGCCUGUAUGUGUCAGAGGAAGCAGCAAAGCAAGACACACAGGAGCACCUACGACAAGUUCAACAGCUGGAAAUCAGAUGCAGAAGCUCACAGGUGCAAAACACUAACUUCCAAUCAAAGGUAAGGGAAUUUGAGUUGAAGUUAAAAAAGGUAAAGGAGGUGGAGACAGAUAUAGCACACACUUCCCAGAAUGUCAUACAACAUCCACUCAAGACCAAGUCAAGUCUUAGGACAGCAGUUAAGUUACUUCAAGUAAAUGAAGAGAAAAAUAAGCUGCAGGCAGAACUGACUCGGGUCUCAAAACUUCUGUCCAAGGAUGAAGGUGUCAGGGACAAAAAUGACCCGUAUGUCAGGAAGCUGGAAGAGGAGAAUUCCAGUUUGAGGGAGCAGAAUGAAAAUAUGACUGCUGAGCUUGCCCACCUCGAAUCCCUCAGAGAGAAACAAAGGCCUGAAAAUAAAAGUCUAAGUUCAGAAGUUCAUGGUCUGAAGGAAAAUGAGGAAAUCUGCACUGCUGAGGUGGCUCAUCUUGAAUCUCUGCAAGAGAAAGAACAAGCAGAGAUUAAUAAUCUGACGGCUGAAGAGUGUGACGUAACACUGAGGCUGGCUGAUGUUGAAUCUCAGAGGGACAAACAACAGGCAGAAUUCGAAAAGUUGAGGUCAGCACUGCAUGAUUGUCAUGAAAAGGAAGACUUUUUGAGUAAGCAGAAUGAGAGCACUGCUGCUGAGCUGGCACAAGUUGAAUCUUUAAAUCAGAAACAAAGUGAAGAGAUUAAAAACCUGAGGGCAAAAUUGGAAGAUUCUCAAGACAAAGAGAAGCUUUUGAAAGAGCAGAAUGAGAAUCUCAUCACAGAAAUGGCUAAACUUGAGUCUGUGAGUAAGACAAAUCAAACAGAGAUUCAAACACAGCAGGAAAAUGAGAAAAUCUUAAAUGAGACCCUCACUGCUGAGGUGGCUCGUCUUGAAUCUCUGCGAGAGAAAGAACAAGAAGAGAUUAAUAAUCUGAGGGCAGCAGAGUGUGAACUAACACAGAAGCUGGCCAAUGUUGAAUCUGUAAAUCAGAAACAAAGUGAAGAGAUUAAAAACCUGAAGACAAAAUUGGUAGAUUCUCAGGACAAUGAGAAGCAUUUGAAUGAGCAGAAUGAGAAUCUCACUGCUGAAAAGGUUCAACUUGAUUCUGUGAAUAAGACAAAACAAGCAGAGAUUCAAACACUGAACGUAGAUGUUCAUGAUCUGAAGGAAAAUGUGAAAAUCCUACAUGAGAAGACAGAGACCCUCACUGCUGAGGUGACUCAUCUUGAAUCUCGGCUAGAGAAAAAACAAGCAGAGAUUUGUAAUCUGAAGGCAGUAGAGCGUAAUCUUCAGUGUCAACUGGAAGAUGCUCAGGAGGUUAAAGAUGACUUAACACAGAAGCUGGCCAAUGUUGAAUCUCAGAGGGACAAAAAACAGGCAGAAAUCGAAAAGUUGAGGUCAGCACUGCUUGAUGGACAGGAAAAGGAAGAUUUUUCAAAUAAGCAGAGUGAGAACACUGCUUCUGAGCUGGCACGAGUUGAGUCUGUAAAUCAGAAACAAAGGGAAGAGAUUAAAAACCUGAGGACAAAAUUGCAAGGUUCUCAGGACAAUGAGAAGCAUUUGAAUGAGCAGAAUGAGAAUCUCAUUGCUGAAAAGGCUCACUUUGACUCUAUGAAUCAGACAAAACAAGCAGAGAUUCAGAAACUUAAGGAAAAUGUGAAAAUCCUAAAUGAGAAGAAAGAGACCCUCACUGCUGAGGUGGCCCAUCUUAAAUCUCUGCAAGAGGAAGACCAAGCAGAGAUUUAUAGUUUGAGGGCAGUAGAGCGUGAUCUUCUGUGUCAAGUGAAAGAGGCUCAAAGGGAUAAAGAUGACCUAUCACAGAAGCUGGCCUGUGUUGCAUCUCAGAGGGACAAACAACAGGCAGAAAUCGAAAGGUUAAGGUCAGCACUGCAUGAUUGUCAGGAAAAGGAUGACUUUUUCAAUAAGCAGAAUGAGAGCACUGCUGCUGAGCUGGCACAAGUUAAAUCUGUAAAUCAGAAACAAAGUGAAGAGAUUAGAAACCUGAAGACAAAACUGGAAGAUUCUCAGGACAAUGAGAAACUUUUGAAAGAGCAGAAUGAGAAUCUCAUUGCUGUAAUGGCUCAACUUGAGUCUGUGAGUAAGACAAAUCAAACAGAGAUUCAAACACAGGAGGAAAAUGAGAAAAUCUUAAAUGAGACCCUCAAUGCUGAGGUGGUUUAUCAUGAAUCUCUGCAAGAGAGAGAACAGGUGGAGAUUAAUAAUCUGAGGGCAGCAGAGCGUGAACUAACACAGAAGCUGGCUGAUGUUGAAUCUCAGAGGGACAAACAACAGGCAGAAAUUGAAAAGUUGAGGUCAGCACUGCAUGAUUGUCAGGAAAAGGACGACUUUUUGAAUAAGCAGAAUGAGAGCGCUUCUGCUGAGCUGGCACAAGUUGAAUCUGUAAAUCAGAAACAACGCGAAGAGAUUAAAAACCUGAGGACAAUUUUGGAUGAUUCUAGGGAAUAUGAGAGGCUUUUGAAAGAGCAGAAUGAGAAUCUCAUUGCUAAAAUGGCUCAACUUGAUUCUAUGAAUAAGACAAAUCAAACAGAGAUUCAAACACUGAAGGAAAAUAAGAAAAUCCUAAAUGAGACCCUCACUGCUGAGGUGGCUCAUCUUGCAUCUCUGCGAGAGAAAGAACAAGCAGAGAUUUAUAAUCUGAGGGCAGCAGAGCACGUUCUUCUAUGUCAAGUGAAAGAGGCUCAAAGGGAUAAAGAUGACCUAGCACAGAAGCUGGCCUGUGUUGAAUCUCACAGGGACACACAACAGGCAGAAAUCAAAAAGUUGAGGUCAGCACUACAUGAUCGUCAGGAAAAGGAUGACUUUUUGAAUGAGCAGAAUGAGAGCACUGCUGCUGAGCUGGCACGAGUUGAAUCUGUAAUUCAGGAACAAAGGGAAGAGAUUAGAAACCUGAAGACAGGAAAUCAGUAUCUUCAGUUCCAAGUGGAUGAGGCUCAGCAACUCAUCUGGAAUAAAGAUGAGAUAAUAACUAAGCAAAAUAUGGAAGCUGCUUAUAAGCAGCAAUUCAUAGACGAGCUUUACACUAUCACAACUGAUAUGAAACAAUCAAUCAUCGAUCUUAAAGCCCAGUUGGAGAGGAGAGAGGAGGAUGAAAUACUAGCUGGAGUGGAGAAUUUCAGAGAGGAAUCCAGGGCUUCUGCUGAAAAUACAGAGCAACUGGAUUCUUCAACACCUCAUGAUGAGGAGCAGAUAGUUGAAAGCCUCCUAGAGACUCCAGCUGACGAACCUCAGCAGAUUGAAACUCCGGCUCCACCUGCGAAGGUUAAGACUAGUCGUUUUUUGCCCCGCUGUGCUAAAGACCUACUGAAAACAGCUUUUCAUGUAGGAAUCGGCACCAUGGGUAUACUUUUUCCGAUGUGGUUCACCUGCAAUGCAAACCCUGAUGGCUGCUACCACCUGAUAGAGCCCCACUGCAGGUUACAACCAGUCCCUCGUCCUUUCUAA